CCUAUAUCCUCACCACGAUGACCAAGUACCAGAGCACACGCGGUGGCGUCCGCGGCUUCUCGUUCGAGGAGGCAGUCCUUAGCGGCCUCGCGGCCGACCGCGGUCUCUUCGUGCCCGAGAGCAUCCCGCAGCUGCCCGAAGGCGCGCUCGAGGCGUGGGCCAAGCUCUCGUACGAAGAGCUCGCCGUCGAGGUCAUGAGCCUCUUCAUCGACGACGCCGAGAUCCCGCGCGCCGACUUGACGGAGCUCGUCGCGAAGGCGUACACGUGCUCGGAGACCAACUUCCGCGACCCGACGAUCGCACCUAUCGUGCAGGUGAAGGACCAGCUGUACAUGCUCGAGCUCUUCCACGGCCCGACGUUCGCCUUCAAGGACGUUGCGCUCCAGUUUCUCGGCCACCUCUUUGAGUACUUUUUGGAGCGCAAGAACCGCAACGAGACGUCGGGCAAGACGCACCGCAUCACGGUCGUGGGCGCCACGUCGGGCGACACGGGCAGUGCGGCCAUCUACGGCCUCCGCAACAAGAAGAACGUCGAGGUCUUCAUCAUGUACCCGCACGGCCGCGUCUCGGCGAUCCAGGAGCAGCAGAUGGCGUGCAUCCUCGACGAGAACAUCCACAACCUCGCCGUCAAGGGUACCUUUGACGACUGCCAGGCGAUCGUCAAGGACUGCUUUGCCGACGCCGAGUUCAAGGCCGCGUACUCGCUCGGCGCCGUCAACUCGAUCAACUGGGCGCGCAUUCUCGCGCAGAUCGUCUACUACUUUUACGCGUACUUUCGCCUGUCGCCCGAGGCACAGAAGAAGGUGGCGUUCUCGGUGCCCACGGGCAACUUCGGCGACAUCCUCGCCGGCUUUUACGCCAUGAAACUCGGGCUCCCGAUGCAAAAGCUCAUCGUCGCGACGAACGACAAUGACAUCCUCCACCGCUUCUUCUCGACCGGCGCGUACCACCGGUCGGGCGUCUCGCACACGAUCUCGCCGUCCAUGGACAUUUGCGUCUCGAGCAACUUUGAGCGAUAUCUCUUUUCGCUCUGCGGCGACGACGCCGCGGUCCUCCACCAGUGGAUGAGCACCUUCGAAGCGACGGGCAAGCUCACGGUCGAGGGCCCGCUCCUCGCCAAGGCCAAGCACGAAAUGGCUUCGUACAGCGUCCUCGAGCCGGAGGUGCUGCAAACCAUCCAGACGUACCACGAUGCGCACAACUAUGUGCUCGACCCGCACUCGGCGAUCGGUGUCGCCGCCGGUGACGCCUACCUCCGCGACAUGGCCGACCCGGACGUGACGGUGGUCGUGCUGGCGACCGCGCACUACGGCAAGUUUAUGCCGACGGUGCAGUCGGCCUUUUCGACGCCCGUGGCGCUGCCGCAACACCCGAUCCUCAAGGCGCUCGAGUCGCUCCCACAGAAGAGCCGCGUGACCGAGAACAGCGUCGCCGCGGUCCAGGCGCUCGUCCGCGAGACGGUGCCGCUGGCCAAGAAGCGCAUGCCGUGCUGCGUCUUUGGCGCGGCGAGCUACCUCCUCCCCGAGUCGAACGCCCUCAAGGCGGCGCUGGUGAUUGCGGUUGGUGCGGUCGCGGUCGUCGCACUGCAGCGCUCGACCAAGCACUAGAGUUGAUAGAUCAUAGUAGUACAAAUAUACCUCCUUUGCUGUUAUGGCGAAC